CUCAGUUCUGGGGCGAUGUGGAGCCCGGGCCUGCUGUGCGCCCUGGGCCGGCGGCGCCCCGGGCCCUCCGUGCCACUGCGGCCCCUGACCUGCCUGUUCCAGAGGGAAUAUCGGGAGAAACCCCAGACCCGCCUGCUGCAGAGCAAAUAUCGGGAGAAAACCCCGAACCACCUGCUCCAGGGGGAGUAUCAGGAACAACCCCUGACCCGCCUGCUCCAGAGGGAAUAUCAGGAGAAAACCCCGAUCCGCCUGCUCCAGGAGGAGUAUCAGGAACAACCCCCGAUCUUCCUGCUCCGGAGGGAAUAUCGAGAGAAAACUCCGAUCUGCCUGCUCCAGAGGGAAUAUCGGGAGAAAACCCCUUUCUGCCUGCUCCAGAGGGAAUAUCGAGAGAAAACCCCUUUCUGCCUGCUCCAGAGGGAAUAUCGGGAGCUGCCGCUGCCGAGGCAGCGCUGGGGAAGGACACAGCACCUGCCUCCCCGCCGGUUUUUAAGUAAUAAACCCAAAUCCAGGCGCCAUCCCAAAACGUUCCCUGUUCUAGACGGACGCGUCCCUGCCGUGUACCGACACGUGUUCCAAGAGAAUUUAAGGAACAGCGAGGCUGUGAUUAAAAGGUACUCGGAGCUGCUGGAGCGGGUGAAGGAAGGAGGGGGAGCAGACGCCGUCCUGCGGCACACGCAGCGCAACAAGAAGCUGUUCGUGCGGGAGCGCCUCCGGCUGCUGCUGGACGAUGCGGAUUUCCUGGAGCUGUCGCCGCUGGCAGGGCUGCACAUGCCCUACGGGAAUGUUCCUGCUGCCGGCUGCCUCACGGGAAUUGGCAGAAUCUGUGGGAUCUGGUGUGUCUUCUUUGCGGCUGAUGCCACUGUGAAAGGAGGAACCAUUUACCCAAUUGGAGUGAAAAAGCAGCUGAGAGCCCAGGAAAUUGCCAUGGAGAACAGGCUGCUGUCUGUGCACCUGGUGGACAGUGGGGGAGCCUUCCUGCCCCUGCAGUCAGAGCUGUUUCCUGACAAGAUGCAUGGUGGCAGAGUUUUCUACAACGAGGCAAUCAUGUCUGCCAUGGGAAUCCCUCAGGUGGCCGUGGUGUGUGGCUCCUGUGUGGCUGGAGGUGCCUACGUGCCCACCAUGGCCGAGGAAUCCGUGAUCAUUGAUAAAAUUGGGAUGCUGUUCCUCGCUGGGCCGCCCCUGGUGAAAGCUGCCACGGGAGAAGAUGUCUCUCCUGAGGAGCUUGGAGGAGCCAGGCUUCACUCACAAGUCAGUGGCUGCAGUGACCAUUUUGCACCCUCAGAAAAGGAGGCCUAUGAGUGCAUUCGUAAUAUUGUCUCUACCUUAAACUGUGAGCCAGUGCCAGAGCAGGACAGGGAGCCUGACAGUCCCUUGUACAGCCCUGAGGAGCUCCUGGGCCUGGCACCACUGGCUUACAGCUACACUCUUCCUGUCAAACUGAUCCUGAGCCGGCUGCUGGAUGGAAGCAGAUUCCAGGAAUUCAAGGCUGCCUAUGGGACAACGUUGGUGACAGGAUUUGGCCAUGUGGGAGGGCACUUGGUGGGGAUAGUGGCCAGCAAUGGGGAGCUGGCUCACGAUGCUGCUCUCAAGGGCAGCCACUUUGUCCAGCUCUGUGGCCAGAGGGGAAUUCCCAUCCUCUUCCUCCAAAACACUGCUCCACAGCCAGCAGGGCCUGCAAGCAUCUCACAGGCAGAGGCUCAUUCCAACAGGCUGAAGGCCCAGGCCUCCAUGAUGGCUGCAGUUGCCUGUGCUGCUGUUCCCAAAAUAACCAUUGUCAUUGGAGGCUGUUUUGGGAGUGACAGCUACGUCAUGUGUGGGAGAUCGUUCAGUCCAAACUUUCUGUUCCUGUGGCCCAAUGCAAGAGUUGGUCUUGUGGAUUCUCAAAAUUUCCCCACAGUUCCACCAGCUGGGGACUGGACAGGAGAGGAACUGGAGCUAAAACAGCUGAAGGCAAAGUUAGAGGAAGAAAGCAGUGCCUUUUACUCCUCUGCCAGGCUCUGGGAUGAUGGGAUCAUCCUACCUCAAGACACCAGAAAGGUGAUUGCCCAGUGCUUGGAGAUCAUGGAACAGAAGAAGUACCAGGCUGUGUCUCCCCGUCCCCAUCCCAUCAUCAGGAUGUAACUGCAGCCCCCUCAAACCAGAACCCUCUACCAGAACUCUGAGUAUAAAGGUUUUCUAAUGCUUUGAUACCAUUAAUAAAAGUGUUGAACAAUUGAAGACAAACAAGAAUCCCCGAUGUUAAAUCUGCUGGCAGGAAGUUUUUAUUCUCAACAAUAACCUCUUUCAACAUCAGCAGAAAGUUUAUUUUGGGAGAAGGAAGGAUUAAGCUGAACAUCUGUAGCACUCUAAGGAAGCAAAGUCAGCCCAAGGGGUAACAAUUGCUUGAUUUUUUCAUGUCCAUGUUUUUACAUGAAAUCCAGAAAUCAAGGACACUUGGACAAAAGAAAGAGAAAGGAGCAAACACACAAGGGAAGGUGUGCAGUUUGCAGCCUGGGUGAAGAACAAAACUCUGCCUGCCACCCUCUUGGGAUUCCCAAAGCAGCUGUGGAAAACUGCACUGGGAUUGCUCUGAGGGUACCACAGCAGUGACCAGGAUGGUGUUUCAAUCCAGAAUCGUUCAGUUUAGGCUAAAAAUUCUCAACCAUGUAACAGAGCACAGCCAGUUGUACACUAUGUUACCACAUCAUGUAAAAGUGUUGAGGUUACUCUCUGCUCUUUCAGCUUCUUUCGCUCUGCUGCAGCUACAAAGUUUAAUUUUGCAUAAACAGAACCUCUCCACCACCCCCAACUUGUGGUUUAACUGGAAAUGGUACCAAAGGGUGCAUUUAAAAAAAUACCUGAUUAACCAUUUUGAAGAAUCAUUGACAAGACUGAACUGCUUGAUCUGAGUUAAGCAGCCCCACAAAUGCAAAGGGCUGUGGAAGGAGUUUGGGUCACCUGUAAACGGAGGCUGCACCUUUGGGAGCUGGAAGAAGCCCGGGCCAGGUGUCGCUGUUUGUGCUCACGCUCUCUUGAAGAGCCCAUGGAAAGUCACAGGAAUGUUCACCUCCACCUCGGCCCUGGCCACCUCGCUCAUGUCUUUGGCGUUGAGGAUGAGGAGGAAGGCGGGCUUGGGCCCCGCCCCCGGGCUGAUGACGAUGCUCAGCACCACCCCUGCAAGAGAGGUUUUUAUCCUUGAUGAUGUUCUCCAGGAGCUCUGCCACUGCAGCCUGUGAGGUAGAGACCUUUUGUUCUUCAAACUCCUGAGGAGUGAUUUGUUUGCAGUAGGAAUACGUUGGCAAGAUGGCACAAAUUUCUUCUUUUUCCUGUUUGCACUGGAAGAAAAAAGGGCUCUGCAUGCACUCAACUGAUGCUGUACUGUUGGAAAGAAGCAAUUAACAAAUAAAUCUGCACUGCUCUCACGGCA